AUGGUUAACAAGCCCGUGCGAUGCGCGAGAAAGGCCGCCGAGAGCGCGUCCGCACGUCUCUGUGCGGACGCCGAAGCAGAAACCGCAGCAACUGAUUUGUCAUUGGUUGCUAAAGCGUCUCAGCCUGUGUCACCUGGUGAUGCAGGCGCUCGUCAUGAAGACACUCAUGUCUUCACAGAGUAUGAGCUCGGUGUCUCAUACUCUCCUGAUACGGAAGACGGAUCCGUAUCGACGGCGAUCGAAUCCAAGCCGCCUACCAAGCGUGGCAUGGAUGAUGCUAUGCGUCGUAGCAUCUUUGGUUCAUCUGAUUCAUCAGAUGAACCAUCGCCGAAGCGAAGGCGCUCGAGGUCGCGAGACUCGGGCGCUAAUAGUGGUGUCGGUUCUCCUAUGGACACCACUUCGCAACAAGGUGCCAGUACUUCUGUCGGUACGUCGCAGGAAGAGCGGGACCGCAAUGUCUUGCGUCUCGCUCCUGAGAAGAAGGCAUGGAUGCCUCCCAAAUCAGUCAUGGAUCACUUGUCGGCGACGACGAGUGAUCGUUAUCGAACACGAUUGUUCGAUUCGUCAAGGAUCCAUCACCUUGACCCCAGCGCGAAAAACUAUCGCGCUGAGAAUGAGUUUUUGAUCGAUGCUUUCUUUAAACAUCGAUGGUACAGUGGGAAUCACAAGCGUGAUGGUCCCUCACUGCUUCAGGCGUGGAACGCCUACAUCCAUAACAUUGAGGAUGUAGGUCGUGACGCUUGGAACGACAAACUUAUCAAAGCUCGUGAUAAGUUUGAAAAGCGAACCCCGACAGGUGCACGAUAUAAGCUGCAUCGUCUGUCAAGGGAGAAAGGGUACCCUGCCUCUCUUGGGGAGACUCGUGCCCGUGUUGUGUGA